UUUCUUUUCUUUUUCCCUUCCAGAUCUCAUAUACCCUUAAUUCGAAUCGCUUUGCACAUCAUGAUCGUCAAACUCACCCAACCAUACAGCUUUCUGGAUGAUUACAGCGAGGGUGCUCAUCCCCGACUGCUCCAAUCCCUCCUCCUCACCAACGCCACCCAACAGACUGGCUACGGCACAGAUGAAUACUGCAACGAGGCCCGCCAAUUAAUUUACUCUCAAAUACACUCCUCCGAUGAUGAAGUCGCCAUUCACUUUGUUCCCAGUGGAACGGCCGCCAAUCUCAUUUCCAUAGCAAGUUGUAUCCGGCCCUAUGAGGCGGUGCUUGCCGUCCAAACUGGACAUAUUAUCGAUAAAGAAGCCGGUGCUAUUGAGGCCACUGGACACAAAAUUAUUCCCGUCCCUGGAGUCCGGGGAAAGAUGACCCCGGAGAAUUUGGAGACGGUGUUGAAUCGGAAUAGUUUCUUCCCGCACAUGGCCAAGCCCCGGCUGGUGUAUAUCUCGAAUGCGACGGAGGUGGGAACCAUCUACACGCGGAGUGAAUUGAGACGUCUGUCCGAGACGUGUCGACGGCGGGAUUUACUGCUCAUGGUGGACGGAGCCCGACUAGGAGUGGCGUUGAGCGCGGAGUUGAAUGAUCUAACCCUACGGGAUCUGGUCGAUUACACUGAUCUUUUCUGGAUCGGUGGCACCAAAAUGGGCGCUUUGCUGGGAGAGGCGAUCGUGGUGAAGAACAGCAUCGCCGAGGGCUUCGAAUUCCAUAUCAAGCAGCGCGGGGCGUUGCUGGGAAAGUCGAGAGUCAUGGGCGUUCAGUUCGCAGAGCUGUUCCGCGACGGGCUGUAUUUUGACCUGGCACGACAUGCCAAUGCCAUGGCCCGGCGAAUUUCAACGCAGUUUGAGCGCAUUGGAUGGGAAUUGGCGGCGUCCACAGAGACGAACCAGGUGUUUGUGACAGUGCCCAAUGCCAUGGUGCGGCGGCUGACGGAACGGAUUCGCUUCUACGAGUGGGACAAGCGCGAGAAUGACACGGUGAUCCGCAUUGUCACCUCGUGGGCAACUGAGGAGACAUCGGUCAAAUGCAUCCACGAUGGCCAUCCCCCUUGUCGACGCUGUCACCGCCUCCGCCGCGAUGGCUGCAUCCUGACCGACCCUCGCUCGCCCGUUGCACGCACUCCCCGAACCCCUCGCAGGGGUUCCCUGGAUAGCUUCCGAGCCCGUCGAACCACCACCACCACGCCAUCACUCACCAAUCCCAACCCCAUCACAGUCCUCUCAUCAGCCACCCUGAUCGCCGCUUGCGACAUCUACCGCAAGAAAUUCCCCGUUGUCAACUUCCUGCACUAUCCCUCGCUGAUUGCCGAUCUCUCGCACCAUGUCUCCGCCGUCGAGCCCGUUUUCCUGACCGCCCUGCUGUCCCUGUCUGCCCGCUUCAUGACCGAUCCUUCUCUGGCCCCGUCCGAGACUUAUGCCGAAUAUGCGCGAACUCAGCUGGCUCAUCGCGCCUUCGAGGCUCCGUCCCUCUACCUGGCACAAUCCUUGGUGAUGAUCUCCCUCUACGAAUGGGGAUUCGGCCGGCCUUACCGCGCCUGGAUGUACAGCGGCAUGGCAACCUACAUGAUCCAAUCGCUGCUCAAAACCGCCGACGACACCAUGGAACAACAGCCCCCGCAGGAUCCCACCCACCAUAUCGCCUACGAACAGCUCGUCCGGACAUACUGGUGCUGUUUCGCGCAGGACUGCGAACUCAGCUCAGGCGCCCGCCAACACUUUGCCCUGUCCUUUCGCCAAAUCUCUGUUCCUCUGCCGAUCAGUGACUCCGACUUUACUUUCGGCAAGGCCACCCCGCGCUUAAUGCCGGCGGACAUGAACCGGGGAUCUCCACUGGCCACGAACCUCUCCAUCGAUCGGGGUUUGACUAUCGUGACACGGGGGUUUGACAUCUUCGUUCGGAUUCUACGCUUCGCGAACGAAAGUCGUCGAUGUCGGGCACAAGGAUCGGCGUAUUCGUCCUACCGUACAUGGGAGACCCUCAAGGCCGAGGUAGAUGAAUGGAGGGGACUUCAGGAUGCUACGGUUCGGUAUCCCGAGACGAGUGCCCAGGCUCAUGUAGCUUUGGGAUACGGAGAGUUAUUUGCCUACAUCAACCUGGUCUAUUUCAUGAGUAUCCUCUUCCUCUACCGCGACCGCUUCCUCUCAACCCCCAAAUCCACAUCCCCCAACCACAACCCCCCCUCAGAAGAGAACGAAGCAAUAGACCACCUCUUCACAACAGCCCACCACAUCAACUCCAUCCUCACGGCCCUCGAAUCCUCCUCCACCCCCGUAAUAACCCCCUACGCCGGAUUCAGCGUCUUCGUCGCCGCCCAUAUAAACAUGUACGGAACUGUAUGUCCCGGUCGCUACCCGGGGGGUUUAUCCCGCGCGGAACAAGAAAAAAAGAUGAAUUUCGAGUAUCUGGAACGAUUGUGUCGGUUUUGGGAUGUGGGUGAGAGUUGGUGGCGCACCCUCCAAGAAGCAAAUCGCUUCUAUGAUUCUGUUUCGGCACGCACCGCAGCCCAAACCCAGGGUCUUUCCCAUGAUCAUGAACAUGAUCGAGAGCAUCUUACUCUUGCCGGGACGUUGGAUGAGUAUGGUGAUAUACGUGUUUCGAGGCCUGAGGCGUCGUCUUCUAACUCUAACUCUUCGGCUUCUGUGAAUGCGAAUGUGAAUGCGAAUGCGAAUGCUACGCGUCAUCGAACGGGGAUCCCUCUAGAUGGCGGUGGAGGUGGAGGUGGAGGUGGAAAUGAAGUACGACGUAUGUCUAUGGCAGAGUUGACGGAGCAGACUCCUGCUGCUGCUGCUGGUGGUGGUAGUGGUGAGGGAUACGACCUCGAGGCAGAGAUGCUACAGUGGCCAUUUAUCGAUGAGAAUUGGUCGGUGGGGUUUGAUACGGGGUUUGAGGCUGUGUGACCGGGGUUGGGAUAGUGGUUGACAAGGGUGAUGAUUAUGUGUAUAUGUAUGAGUAUGACUUAUGACUGGUUUAAUUGACAAAUUGCUUUCUAUUUGUUUGAGGGGUGGUAAGAAAAGGUAUGGAUGUGAAUUAUUUUGUGUCUGAUUACGGAUGUACAUUGGCUAGGACCAUUCGAGCUAGAUAUCUGCAAUCAGAUCGGCC